AUGGAUACCUCGUCCCCGUCGUCGACGACCGAGUCGCUGGUCGAGACCGGCAAGCUGAAGCUGGGCUACUUCAGCAACGAGUUCCCGCAUGACGACCUCAAGGACCUCUUCCGCCGCCUCUUUGCCCACGGCAAGGACAGCCGCCACACGCUGCUAGCCACCUUCAUCCGCGAGGCUACCCUGGCCGUGCGCGAGGAGGUGCGGCUGCUGCCGGCCACGCUGCGGGCCCUCGUGCCGCCGUUCGAGUCUGUCUUCAACCUUGCGGACCACGCCGAGCUCCGCAGCGGCCCCCUCGGCGGGUCCAUUGACGGCCUGCUGCUCUGUGCCGUGCAGCUAGCGGCCUUUAUCGGAUACUAUGAAAACAGCACCGAAGACGAGUUCGACUUCCGCCACGCCGAUGCUGCCCUCGCAGGUCUCGGGACAGGACUCUUGUCGACGGCUGCCGUGUCGCUGUCUCCGACCCUGGCCGACGUGCCGCUGGCCGGUGCCGAGGUCAUCCGCAUCGCCUUUCGCCUCGGCGUGCUCGUCGAUGAGGUGUCGCAGAACCUGCAGCCUCGCUCGGCCGAUGGCCCCGGCGACAGCUGGGCAUAUGUGGUGCCCGACGCCGCCGUCGAGGAGGUGCAGAAGGAGCUCGACUCGAUCCACGCUGCCGAUAACACGCCCGAGCCCAACAAGGUCUUCAUCAGCGCGCUGAGCCGCACCUCGGUGACGGUCAGCGGCCCGCCGGCGCGCCUCAAGCACGUCUUCCACGUGUCCGACUUUUUCCGCGACCGGCGCUUCGUGGCGCUGCCCGUGUUCGGCGGCCUGUGCCACGCCAAGCACAUGUACCGCGCCGAGCACGUCGACCGCGUCGUGCAGACCGCCUCGCUCGACGCGCUCGACGCGCGGUUCGUGCCGCACGUGCCCGUCUUCUCGACCAGCAGCGGGCGGCCGUUCCCGGCCAAGAGCGCGUCGGGCCUGUUCCGCGGCAUCGUCGAGGAGAUCCUCACGCAGGCCAUCCAGUGGGACAAGGUGAUCGAGGGCGUCACGCAGCGGGCCAAGAGCCUGGCGGCGUCCGAGUGCCAGGUGCUGCUGUUUCGCACCUCGCUGCCGGUGCGCGACCUGGUCGACGCCCUGGCCACCGAGUCGGCGCAGUUCAAGACCACCACCAAGGACCUGGUGGCGUGGAUCGCCAGGCCCGAGUCGGUGCCGCGCGGCCCCCGCGGCAGCCAGCAGGCCAAGAUCGCCAUCGUCGGCAUGGCUUGCCGCCUGCCCGGCGGCGCCACCGACACGGACAAGUUCUGGGAGGUCCUGGACCGGGGCCUCGACGUGCACCGCAAGAUCCCUGCCGACCGCUUCGACGUCGACACGCACUUCGACCCCACGGGCAAGCGGCUCAACACGAGCCUGACGCCCUACGGCUGCUUCAUCGACGAGCCGGGCCUGUUCGACGCGCCCUUCUUCAACAUGUCGCCACGUGAAGCGCUGCAGACGGACCCCAUGCAGCGGUUGGCCAUCGUCACGGCUUACGAGGCCCUCGAGCGCGCCGGCUACGUGGCCAACCGCACCGCGUCGACGGACCUGCAUCGCAUCGGCACCUUUUACGGCCAGGCCAGCGAUGACUACCGCGAGGUCAACACGGCGCAGGAGAUUGGGACCUACUUCAUCACGGGCGGCUGCCGCGCCUUCGGCCCGGGCCGCAUCAACUACUUUUUCAAGUUCUCGGGGCCGAGCUACAGCAUCGACACGGCCUGCUCGUCGGGGCUGGCCACGAUCCACCUCGCCUGCAACUCGCUCUGGAACGGCGACACGGACAUGGCCGUGGCGGGCGGCAUGAACGUGCUGACCAACUCGGACGCCUUUGCCGGGCUCAGCAACGGCCACUUCCUCUCCAAGACGCCCAACGCCUGCAAGACGUGGGAUAGCGAGGCCGACGGCUACUGCCGCGCCGACGGCGUCGCGUCCGUCAUCCUCAAGCGGCUCGAGGAUGCCGAGGCCGACAAUGACAACAUCCUCGGCGUGAUCCUGGCCGCCGGCACCAACCACUCCGCCGAGGCCGUGUCCAUCACGCACCCGCACGCCGGCCACCAGGCCUACCUGACGCGCCAGCUGAUGAGCCAGGCCGCCGUCGACCCGCUCGACGUCGGCUUCGUCGAGAUGCACGGCACCGGCACCCAGGCCGGCGACGCCCAGGAGAUCCAGUCCGUCACCGAAGUCUUCGCGCCCCUGACUGCCACCAGGCGUCGCAGCGCAAAGCAGCCCCUGCACAUCGGCGCGGUGAAAUCAAACCUCGGGCACGGCGAAGCCGUCGCCGGCACCACGGCCCUGCUCAAGGUGCUGCUCAUGUUCGAGAAGCAGGCCAUCCCGCGCCACGUCGGCAUCAAGACGGUCAUCAACCCCGGCUUCCCCAAGGACCUCGAGAAGCGCAACCUGCACAUCCCCUUUGAGAAGACGCCGUGGCUGCGCAGCCCCGAGCGCAAGCGCAUCGCCGUCGUCAACAACUUCAGCGCCGCUGGCGGCAACACGAGUAUCGUCAUCGAGGAAGCCCCGCUGCGGGCCCCUAUCGCCCCCGCCGCCGCCGACCCGCGCACCGCCCACGUCGUUGCCGUCUCGGCCAAGAGCAAGGUCUCGCUCAAGGGCAACCUCGAGCGCCUCAUCGCCUACCUGGACGCGCACCCCGACGCGCAGCUCGCCGACCUGGCCUACACCACGACGGCCCGCCGCUACCACCACAACCACCGUGUCGCCAUCGCCGCCUCGGACACGGCCCAGGUCCGUAAGCAGCUGGCCUCGAGCCUCGCCGCUGCCGACUCCCACAAGCCCAUCCCGGCCACCGGCGCACCCCCCGUCGCCUUCGCCUUCACGGGCCAGGGCGCGUCCCACCGCUCCAUGGACCUGCAGCUCUUCCGCGACGCGCCCGUCUUCCGGUCGCAGAUCCAGCACCUCGACGCGCUGGCCCAGAGCCAGGGCUUUCCCUCGCUGAUCCCCGCCCUCGACGGCAGCCACCCCGCCGACCACGCGCACUCGCCGACCGUCACGCAGCUGGCGCUCGUGUGCGCCGAGAUGGCGCUCGCGCGCUACUGGGAGUCGCUCGGCGUCAAGCCCGACGUCGUCGUCGGCCACAGCCUCGGCGAGUACGCGGCGCUGCACGUCGCCGGCGUGCUGUCGGCCGCCGACACCAUCUUCCUCGUCGGCCGCCGCGCGCAGAUGCUCGAGCGCGCGUGCCAGAUCGGCAGCCACAAGAUGCUAGCGGUGCGCGCGGCGCUCGACGCCGUGCGCGGGCUGGCCGGCGGCCUGCCGUACGAGGUCGCCUGCGUCAACGGGCCGCAGGAUACGGUGCUGAGCGGGACCGUGGCCGAGAUGGACACCGUGGCGGGCGCGCUGCAGGCGCAGGGCGUCAAGUGCUUCCACCUCGACGUGGCGUUUGCGUUCCACUCGGCGCAGACGGACCCGAUCCUGGACGACUUCGAGGCGGCGGCGCGGCGCGGCGUGCUGUUCCAGCCGCCGACGCUGCCCGUCGUCUCGCCGCUGCUGGGCAAGGUCAUCUUCGACGAGAAGACGGUCGACGCGCAGUACGUGCGGCGGGCGACGCGCGAGGCGGUCAACUUUGUGGGCGCGCUCGAGGCGGCGCGCCGCAUGGGCACGGUAGACGACGCGACCGUGUGGAUCGAGAUCGGGCCGCAUCCCGUGUGCAUGGGCUUCGUGCGGUCGACGCUGCCGGCGGCGCCUAAGGCGGCCGUGGCGUCGCUGCGGCGCGGCGAGGACAACUGGGCGACGCUGGCGCACGGGCUGGCCGCGGUGCACGGCGCCGGCGUGGCCGUCGGGUGGAACGAGUUCCACCGCCCCUUCGAGCCCGUGCUGCGCCUGCUGGACCUGCCGACGUACGCGUGGAACGACAAGACCAUCUGGAUGCAGUACAACGGCGACUGGGCCCUGACCAAGGGCAACACCUUCUACGACGCCGAGAAGGCCGCUGCCGCCGGGGCCGUCGUCGCCAACCCCCUGACGGUGCCGCACUCGAGCCUGCGCACGUCGCUGGUGCACCGCGUGGUCGGCGAGGAGUUUUCCGGGGCUGCCGGCCGCGUGGUCGUGCAGUCCGACAUGAUGCACCCCGACUUUCUGGCCGCGGCGUGGGGACAUCAGAUGAAUGGGGCGGGCGUGGUAACGUCGUCCAUCCACGCCGACAUCGCCUGGACGCUGGCCAAGUACCUGAUCGACCAGCUGCGGCCCAAGGUCAAGGCCACGGUGGCCGACAUCAACAUCGCGGACCUGGUGGUGCGCGAGGGGCUGGUGGCGCAGAAGAACACGACGGUGCCGCAGCUGAUCCAGGUCUCCAUCGCCACGGCCGACAUCGACGCCGGGGCCGCGCAGCUCGAGUGGCACAACCUGGCGCACGACGGGUCCAUAGCCGACGCCGAGCCCAUCGUGACGGCGCGCGUCGAGUACGGGCGCGCGGCCGACUGGCUGGCCAGCUGGACCGCCACGGCGCACCUGGUGCAGGGGCGCAUCGACGCGCUCGACGCGCUGGCCGACGCCGGCGUGGCCAACCGGCUGUCGCACAACAUGGCGUACCUGCUGUUCGCGCACAACCUGGUCGACUACGCGGCCAAGUACCGCGGCAUGCAGUCGGUGGUGCUGCACGGGCUCGAGGCGACGGCCGAGAUCACGCUGACGACGGACAAGGGCGGCGCGUGGACGGUGCCGCCGUUCUUCACCGACAGUGUGUUCCACCUGGGCGGCUUCGUCAUGAACGUGUCGGACGCCGUCGACACCAAGAACAACUUCUGCGUGACGCCCGGCUGGGGCUCGCUGCGCGUCGCGCGCCAGCUCGUGGCCGGCGCCCGCUACCGGUCCUAUGUCAAGAUGAUCCCCACGGCCGACGACCCGGCCAUCUACCUCGGCGACGUGUACGUGCUGCACCCCGACGGCGAGAUUGUGGGCGUCAUGCAGGCCAUGAAGUUCCGCCGCUACCCGCGCGUGCUGCUCAACCGCUUCUUCUCGCCCGCCGACGUCAAGAACCCGCUUGCGCCCGCCGCCCCGGUACCCGCCCCGGCUGCUGCUCUAGUGGCACCCAAGGCCGAGCCAGCACCCGCACCCGCACCCGCACCAGCAGCCGCAGCGCCAGCUCCAGCGCCCAAGGAGGCCGUCGCUGCCGUCGCUGCCGUCGCUGCCGUCGCUGCCGUCGCUGCCGACUCGGACAGCACGGCGGUCAAGGCCAUGGCGCUGGUAGCGGCCGAGGCGGCGCUGGACCCGGCAGACCUGCAGGACGACGCCAGCUUCGCCAACCUGGGCGUCGACAGCCUGAUGAGCCUCGUGAUUGCCGAGAAGCUGCGCGAGCAGCUGGGCGUGACCGUCAGUGGCAGCCUGUUCCUCGAGUACCCGACCGUCGGCGACCUGCGUGCGUGGCUGGUCGAGUACUACAGCUAGGGGGUGGUGCGUGUUUUGGAUAUGCAGGUUGUGGUCGGUUGGCUGCUGUUCACGACGAUUAGAAGGCACUGUGAGAGAGAUUCAGAGUAUUGACUGCGAUGACUUAUUUCAUGUCAGAUUACGUUAGAAACUCAGAUUACGUUAGAAACUCAGAUUACGUUAGAAACUCAGAUUACGUAGAAACUCA